GCGUGCCUGGAGAGAGCAAGAGCAAGAGAGGUUUCUCCUCCUUUCUUCCUGACACCAGCAGUCUGUUCUUCCUCCUCUGCUGUGGUGUGUGAAACUGCACCAGGUUGUCAUAGUCAUGUUGGUGGUGGGCGCCAAGCUGCUUUUGCUCCUCCCCCUGGUUUGCUGUGUCCCCUCCCCCUCCAGGCCACCGAUCAGACACUGCCGGCGGUGCUGUGAUCAGCACGAGCCGUCAGCGGCCACAGGUCAAUACCAGAUGCCAGAGGUCCGCACAGUCAUCAACAUGACCAUCCUCAAAGGUGAUAAAGGAGAGAAAGGAGACAAAGGUACCCCCGGGAAACCAGGUCUGGAGGGUCCUCCUGGCUUCCGAGGACCCAUAGGCCUUAAAGGCAGCAAAGGGCAGGCAGGGGCCCCCGGAGACGCCUGCAAGAUCCCUCAGUCGACCUUUUCAGUGGGACGCCGGAAGGCCCUGCACAGCAUUGACUACUAUCAGGCGCUGGUGUUCGACACGGUGUUCGUCAACCUUCACGAGCACUUCAACAUGUUCAAGGGCAAGUUCUACUGCUACGUGCCGGGGAUCUACUUCUUCAACGUCAACAUCCACACCUGGAACUUCAAGGAGACCUACCUCCACCUGAUGCACAACGACAAGGAGCAGGUGAUCCUGUACGCGCAGCCCAGCGAGAGGUCCAUCAUGCAGAGUCAGAGCGUCAUGCUGGACCUGGCCCUGAACGACGAGGUGUGGGUGCGCCUCUACAAGAGGGAGCGGGAGAACGCCAUUUACAGCGACGACGUGGAUGUUUACAUCACCUUCAAUGGAUACCUAGUGGCACCGAGCAUCCAGUGAAAAUACGACAGACAGAAUAACAGGAGGUCUGGAAAAAGAAAAUCUCUGAGGUGGAUUAUUGUUAGUAUUUUAUUUUUUUUGCCAUGGAUACUGCUUUGCCCCAAGAAAGAACUACUUUUCAGGAAGUUUGGUGCUUUUUUAAGAUUCCUUCCUUUCAGCCCAGAGAGCUACAUACCAUGGUUUCCAAAAACCUGGACUGCCCAUUUCAAAAGAAAUUUUAAAAUAAGAAAGGUAAUGCGGCACACAAUUAGGAAAGAAUGUGUCUUUGUAUUAGAAUUACACUGUUGUGUGAAGCCAAAUGUCUUUUGUACUUCUGUGCUGUACUAGUUAUUCCUUCUUUUCAGGGACUUUGUGUAAAAGACAAGAAAAAAAGUUCUUUCACUUAACAGGAAUUACAAAAAUAACAAAUGUGCAAUCAUUUAUAGAGCAAUUUUGCUAUGAUGGUUCUAAUGUGUUUCGGGUGGCUGCUGUCAGAGCUGAAACACAUGUUUACUUGGUGCCUUUCAGAAGAUUUCUAAGGGUCAGUUAAAAAAUAAAAAAGAAACUUUGCCUUGCCCUGCUUUUUUUCUCGACUGGAGGUGUAUGACAGCACAUCACCAGCUACAUUUUAGUUGAGAUUUACAGGUUUCCUGAUGUGGAACCAUUCCGCUCAGGUUCUUUUUUUUGAAAAUUAACUCAUACAUGUGUCUUUAAAGUGGGGUUUUUCAUGAGUGUGGUGCAAGUUGAGCACUUAAGUCUGGACAUUUAGUCCUUAGUGCGUGUCUAAAAGUCACUGCACACUCAAAACAAGUGGCAACAUAAAGUGAUAAGUUAUUUCAAAUCCAGUUUUUGUAGCCUUGAGAUUUGCGAUUUGCCGAGCACAAUGUUGAGAUUUUGUAACCAGACGUUCACAAUUGUCACCUGGACGAUAUUAGCUGUCAAUCUCACCGGAGUCCACUCAUAUGAACCAUCUAUUUCCCUGUAAUUCGGAACAUAAUUCCCAAAAUUGACAUCAUUUUCUUUUAAGGACCUGAAGCUAACAAUCCAGACCAAGUAGAAUUUUUCCCAUUGACUUGCUUUCAAUCAGUCUCCACCCUGCUGCUGAUUCAAAUUAUUUUUGCCUCAGUUGGCAAACCGGAAGAUUGGGUUUAUGGGACAAAAACAUCCUCACAUUAUGGUCUGUAUGAGUAAACAUGUUCCUCUGGACUUUUCCUGCCAUCCCCCAAAUCAAAACUUAUCUGACCCAUAAAAACUCCCAUUGGUUUUCCUCUAUGAACUAUUAACUCUUGAGGAUUAUGAAGUUAUAUCAGCAACUCACUCUCUUGUGCUGCCUUUCACGUGUGUUGCAGUGGAGACUUGCAGUCACACCCUUCCUCCACGUUCACGUUCAUGGUGCUGAGUCUUUUAUCUGUUGUGUAGUUGUCGUUUUUUAACUGACCCUUUAAACAGGAACACAUCCCAACAUAUCGAAAUAAAUAAAAAAAACAACUGUGGUGCUUUAUUUUCAAAUGCAGGGAUGCAUUAUUUAAAAGAAAAAGGUUAAAUAUCAUGAAUUCUUGGAGAUGUUAAACUGCAGAGCAGUUGAUGUAAAUAGCUGUAUAUUUAGCUGUCUAUAACCCAAUACAAUACCUGUGCUAUGCUGUUGAAGCUGGACUGUGUGCGUUUGUGUGUUUUUUUAUCUCCUUCUCUCACUUAGUGCUUCUUUGUUGUGUAUCGCUCAACAGCCAAAAGACAUUUGAUCGUAAGAAAUUAAACGUUUUCAUGAUUUUCACGUGA